AUGGAAAACUUGACUGAACACGUGACAACCGCACUCGCGAACGUGACCUCUUCCUUCCUUGGAGAAAUCGCCACAACUAUUGUCGACCAGCUUGACGAUACCACAUGGGAGAUGACCACUACACAAGGCGGUUCUGGAAGUGGCGGGUUUUGGGCCGCCGUUGAACGGUUCCCCAACGGCACUCAUCGUGGCCGAGAAGCGGGUAAUUUAAACUUCUUUAAUUUCAUCAUGCUCUCCUGCAUCAGCUCCGUCGUAUGCCUGGUCGGUAUCUGCGGCAACACUCUGGCCUUCCUGGUGUUCCUUCGCGAGAAGAAGAAGGGGCCAUCUUCGAUCAUCCUCCAAGCCCUUGCCGUGUCAGACAACCUCAUCCUGAUUAAUACGCUCGUGGAGUUCUCCUUUGCCUUCUUCUACCCCCAUACGGGUUUACUGGAGGACUAUUUCUUCGCCCACCGCCAGUUCAGCCUGUACACCUAUCCCCUCCACUACAUUUUCAUCACGUCGUCCACGUGGUUGCUGGUGCUUCUCACCAUCCACCGCUACAUCGCAGUCUGCAAGCCGCUCCACGCCAAGAAAAUGUCCUCGGUGAAACACGCCCGCAUCCAGGCGGCUGGCGUGUUCCUCUUCAGCAUUGCCUUCAACAUGCCUAAGUUCUUCGACGUUAAAGACGUCGGCAUCACAUACCUGACAUCGUACAAUGAUGACAUGAGCUAUAAGACAGUUCUUCAGAAGAAUUUCGCCCUGAAGAUUAGCUAUCGCAUCGUGCUCACCACUUUGGUGAUGUACAUCAUUCCGAUUGGCGCCAUGGCCAUCAUGAACGGAAAGCUGAUCUCGAAGUUGAGAGAGUCCAAGAAACAACGUCUGGCAAUGGGCAAGACCUCCACGGACCGCGACAGUAUUAACCAUAUCCUUGUUGCCGUCGUCAUCAUCUUCAUGUGCUGCACAACGCCUAUAUUCUUCUCGCAAAUCGUCAUGUCCUUCGUCGAUUUCCUCCCCAGGAACGUUCUGAUGAACUACUUCUAUUUCAUCCCGUUCUUGUUCCUACUCGUUGCCGUCAAUGCCGCUCUUAACUUCUUCGUCUACACCCUGAUCGGCCAGAAAUUUCAAAUAUUGGAAAAGCUUUGA